AGGUUACGUGUGACACUUCAGCAUUAUUUCGAUCUGACCCGCAUCGAAUGAAAGCUGAGUUAUUUUCGUCUUAUCGUAGAUUGGACGCUCAUUCAAUGCAUACACCGACAAUUUUGCAUUUGUGCAAAGAAUUCUUAUCGGAUUGAACAUCACAAUAUUGCGCGCGUAAUCUCAACAUGGACAGUGUGAAAAGAGUAUUGCGCCCACGGCAACCAAAAAACCAAAUCAAAAAGAUCCAAAAAAGGAAUGUGGUCAAAGCGAAGAAAGCCGAACUGAUGAUGGAACAAAAGAAAGUUCCGUUGAAGACAAUUUUUAAGAAAGUCAAAAGCGGUGAUGAUGGAUCGCAUGAUAUUUACAUGAUUAAAGGCGUGAACGAGACGGAACGAGUCACAUCGGAUGUUACAACCGAUACUACUGAGCAGAAUUCCGCUGAAUUUACGUCGAAUGCCGCAGCGAACAGUCCUCAAAUUCCUGAUUUUGUCACUGAAGAAAUUGCCACGUUAAUCAACUGCAGUGACUUUUCCACAUUCUUCAAUUUUGCACUGGACAACAACGCACCGGAUGAAGCCUUGGCCUUGCUCAAUCUUUAUUCAUCCGCUUCUGUGAGAAAUACUUUGACACCAACUGACAACUCCGCCAAAUCAGCGAACGCUUUGCAUAGCCCUCUUGACCGAUCCACCGAGGAGAACAGAACUCAAAAUUCGACGCUGAACUCAGUACCAACAAAUCAAAUUUCGAACAACGAGCCACUUCCUUCGAGUAUGGCUGCCAUUACGACACCGACAAUUUGUUUGACGCCCAAUCAAUGCGAAAUUCCUGUGGAACAUUUUACCACUACGAGUGGGCAGGACGUCUGGAUGGCAGACAAUGAAUUUAUGUCAACAACAUCUUGCAGCUCAACUCGAUUCGAUGAAAUAAGGAGCAACGAGAUAUUCGGCGAGAGAUUCAUUUACGCCAAGCGGACGAUUCCGCCAGUAAAGGUCUUAGAAGAGAUACUUGGUCCGCGACAGCUCGUACCUUUGUACAGAAUACGAUCGACUUCACAUUCAAUAUUUCAGUGUCAUGUUGUUGUCAAUGGUCUGGAUGCCAACGGAUCUGGAACGUCCAAAGAGCAUGCAAGUAAUUUGGCCGCGCUGUCACUUCUGGACAAAUUGAUCAGCACCAAUUUUUUCGGUAAUGUCAUCGGCCGGUUACAGGAGUUCUGUGCGACUAUUAGUUGGCCACUGCCAAAAUACACAGAGGAAAUGGCAGGUCGGACGUUGAUCAAAAAUGAAUAUGUGUUCAUCGUUGCCUGUUCGGUGAAACAAUACAGUGAAAUUGGACAGGGAAGAAGCAAAAGAAUGGCAAAAAUUUUUGCCGCUUAUAAGAUGUGGUACAAACUAACCGGCAAAAAUUAAGAGAAACCAUUACGUUCGUCCUUAUUGUUGUAUACCGCCUAUCGCAAAUUGUUUUAUUUUUUUUUGUUGAAUUUAAUCUUACGGAAAUGGACUGCUACAAAGGCUACAUUCAUGAAUAAAUCGUUGAACAUGAACA